AUGAACGAUUCAAUACCUCACAUCUACUAUCCACUUUUGAAUUCAAGAGAUCACUCAUGGGAAAAAAUACGGCGAGUUUUUAAAUAUGUUCAUGAUAAGAUCGGCAAAAAAUAUGACUGGUACUACCGAGCCGACGAUGACACGUACGCACUCAUGCAUAAUAUGCGAACGCUUCUCGCCAAUUAUACGUCCUCGAAACAACAUUAUUUGGGACUGCGGUGGGCUUUCUUCACACCUCGAGGUUUCAAUGAUGGGUCAUCAUACAUUCUAUCUCGGCCUACUAUGGAAGCAUUCAAUGAAGUGAUGCUUGAUCCGGAUAGAUGUCCAGAUCAUCAUAGAGCAGAAGAAGAUCAGGAGCUUGCAAAAUGCCUAGCCCAUAUGGAUGUGUAUCCAGAAGAUAUUCGAGAUGAAUAUGGUUCAGAAAGAAUUCAACAUUUUCAUCCAAUCGAGCAGUAUGGUAUUUACAAAGACACUUUCAAUCGACGAUUAGCAUACUAUCCAGCAAUGAAAGAGGACGAGAAUUUUAGCAGUAGAAUGAUUAGUUUUCACCAUGUUUCACCAUAUGAAAUGCGAAUGAUGGAUUAUAUUUUCUAUCAUUUGAAUAAACCUUGA